AUGUCUACCAAGCCUCAGAAGCGACGAGCUAUCGAUGACAUACCGUGUGAGCCACGGGUCAAGAGAGAGAUGGAGAUCCUAGGAAUGGGCAUGUCGCGGACUGGAACUGCGUCAACUGCAGCUGCAUUCAACAUCCUAGGAUACCGCAGCUACCACGCUCACCAGAUCUUCCAACCUGACGAGCCGGGUCGAUGGGCAGAUGGUGAAUGGCAUGUGCCGGCCUGGAGAGAGGCAUUUCUGGCGAAAAUGUACGGCAAUGGAAAGCCCUAUGGAAAGCCAGAGUUUGAUAAACUUCUGAGGAACUACAGUGCAGUCACAGAUGUACCUUGUAUCUGCUUUGCCGACGAGCUUAUCGAAGCCUACCCCAAAGCAAAGGUCGUCUUGACUACACGAGAUACAGCCAAAUGGAUCAUAUCAUUUGAGAGCCUUAUUCUCAAGUUGGCCGAAAGUGAAGAGUAUGGCUGGGUCAGGGCAGUAGGUUGUAUUGACCAUGAAUUUCUUGGACCUUACCUUGACUGGGUCAAUAUGUUCCUACGAUAUUGGACCAAGGGUGAUUGGCAGAACCGCGAGAAGCUGAUCCAGGCAAUGCUUGAUCACAACGAGCAUAUCCGCGAAAUCGUACCGAAAGACAAUUUGCUAGAAUGGAACCUUGCAGAUGGUUGGGAGCCGCUUUGCAAGUUUUUGGACAAGCCUAUACCAGAUGUACCUGUCCCUUAUAUCAACAUCGGUGCUUCUGACGCACCAAGGCAUAAGAAACUUGCUCUUCAGCGACUUGCAAUUAUCCUUGGUAGAAUGUUGAUGAAGCCUGCUCUGGCUUUUAUGAUUGUGGCAGUUGGAUAUAUCUUUUUGAAAUCCACACUCUAUUCAGCUGCCUAG